CGGGGCUUCCCCGCGACUCCGCCGGCUACCCGUGACCGAGCGUGUAAGUACCUUGACCCCAACGCCGGUCUUUUCUCUCUCUCUCCUCUCCCUUGAUAAGUCAGUCCUAAGCUCCCAUCUUGCACCCAUCAUCUUACAAUAAACCUUCACACUCUUCUCACCCGACAUAGUGAGUUUUCAUAGAGCCAAUAUCCUCCACAUACAAGAUGGUCUACCCAUUCGACUAUCUCCAACACCGUCGUGACUGCAACUUCAAGCAAUCCGAACGCGCGGACAGAAUCCGCCGCCUCACGGCCUACAAAGGUCCCUUUUCACAACAAGACCGCCAGAUCCUGGACAAGCCCAUCGAGGAACUCGUCCAAGAUGUCCACAAGACCGUCCUCCAGCCCAUUGACAUCCUCAAAACCUACGGUAAAGUAGCCCUCAAGGCCCACGAACGCACAAACUGCCUCACCGAGGUCAUGCUCGAGUCCGCCGAGAAGUGGGUGGCCGACGGCUCCGUCAACCUCAAGGGCCCGCUAGCCGGCAUCCCCGUCAGCCUCAAAGACACAAUCGUCGUCGGCGGCUACGACACCACCGUCGGCUUCAGCAGCUUCGUGGGCAACAAAACGGCCGCCGACGGGCCCGUCGUCCGCCUCCUCAAGGACGCCGGCGCCGUCCCCUACGUGAAGACUAACCUGCCCAUCACCCUCCUGAGCUUCGAGUCCACAAACGACGUAUGGGGCCGCUGCACGAACCCGCACAACAGCCGCUACUCCCCCGGUGGCUCCACAGGAGGCGAGUCCGCUCUCCUCGCCAUGGGCGGGCGCAUCGGCAUUGGCAGCGACGUCGCGGGCAGCGUGCGGGCGCCGGCGCAUUUCUCGGGGUGCUACAGCCUCCGUUGCUCCACGGGCCGGUGGCCGAAGCUGGGCUUCUGCACGAGCAUGCCGGGCCAGGAGGGCGUGCCGUCCGUGUACAGCCCCAUGACGAGGACGCUCGACGACCUACGGUAUUUCACGCGGGCCGUGGUGGGGAUGAAGCCGUGGGAGUACGACUACAGCGUCCACCCGCUGGCGUGGCGUUCCGAGACCGAGAAGACGUGGCUGGACGACAAGAAGAAGCUCCGCGUCGGCGUGAUGCGCACCGACGGUGUCGUGGACCCCAGCCCGGCGUGCCGGCGCGCGCUGGAGAUGGUGGAGAACGCGCUGCGCAAGGAGGGCCACGAGAUCGUCGAGAUCAGCCCGCCCUCGCCAUAUGAGGGUCUCAAGAUCGCCGCUCUGGCUUUGAAUGCCGACGGAUGCCAGAUGUUCAGCACCUUCUUCCGCACGGGGGAGUGGAACGACCCGGGCGCCGCGCAGAUGAAGUUCCUGAUGAACCUCGCCAGUCCCUUGCGGUAUUUCUACUACCUCUGGGUGAAGUACGUCCGCCGCGACGACAUCUGGGCAGGCCUCGUCCGGGACUGGCGACCGCAGUCGGCGUUUGAGAACUGGAAGCUCGUCGCGCGGCGCGAGGCGUACCGGAAUCAGUGGUUUGAGUGGUGGAACAAGGCGGAGGUGGACUUUUUGAUCACGCCGCCUAAUGCUACGCCUGCUGUGCCGCAUGACGGGAUGAAGGAUGCGUGUAGUAGCUGCGGGUACACGUUCCUCUUCAACCUGCUCGACUACACGGCCGGUGUCCUCCCCGUGACACACGUGGACAAGGACCUGGACCAGCUUCCCGCGGACUUCAACAUUAAGAAGCUCAACGGCGUGGCGUACGGUGCGUAUAAGCUGUACGAUGCCAAGGAAAUGCAUGGCCUGCCCGUCGGCGUCCAGGUCGUGGGGAGGAGGCUUGAGGAGGAGAAGGUUCUGUCAAUCAUGCAGAGGGUGGAGGAUGCUUUGGGCGAUGAAAAGUACAAGCUGUUGGACAUUGACUAAGGUGAUUUGGGAGUGGAUUCAAUGUGAAAAGGCAGACAAAGAUUGUCGUAGCUCAUGAUUCGAGUCAACUGAAGACAGUAUGAACAAGUCAUUGUUCUGCGCCGGUUUCGCGACCGGCGUGUAAUGUAAAUCAAAUCAUUGGAUAGAAUCCAGUCAUAAGCCUCCAAAUUGGAUUCCGGAUAUAAGUCAUGCCUGUGAGCUGCAAUGUUGGACGUCG